AGCAAGCUGAGUUUUUGCACCUAAUUUACUGGAUGUCUAAUCCAGCAUGUCAGUAACACUUUCCACCCAGACUAUUUACUCUCCUUCCCAAUCCCCGGUCACAACACUCUCACUGGAAUAUACAAAUUCUAGCAGGCUAGGGUGGUUUGUUUGGUUGGUUUUGAUUUUUAAUUUGAAUUGUAUUCUGAAGAUGGAAAAGCUAGGAACAUCCAUGCUGCAAGAAUUCAAGAGAUCUUUGAAAAAAAAUGCAUUCAGAUCUGAACAACCCUAAAAUCCCUCCCUCCUCACUAGCAGAACUGUGCUUUCUUCUGCCUAUUUUCUGUGUAGUGAACCAUGUAAGCUUUCAGAUCUGCAAAGCUGUGUUUGUUCUGCAGGUGACAGACAUGCAGUUCUCAAAUUCCUGCAUGCAUUGUCUCAUAUCCCCUGCAGGAGAAACCACUCCUCUUGUAGUCAUUUAUUAUUCUGCUCAAAUCCAGUAUAAGGAAAAAAAAAAAAAAAGUACACUCAUUUACUAUGAUUGCUGCAGGUUCUUCUUAAAUAAUACUUUCUGGCAUGACUGUCCACUUAAAAACAAACAAACCACAGAUCUAAAAUACAGAGAUAACUAUUGAAACAACCAUCAAUACCUUUCUCUGAAAAGUUUUAUGAAGUUAUAUGAAUAGUAUUACAGAAGGGACCUUACUAGCAACAUAUCAACAAAAGGAAAAGCAAACAUAUUUAAGUUUCCUGAUUUAAGGAUGUAUGCGUACUCAAGGAUGAGGGGAAAAUACCAGCAGUUAAAACUAGUUACUGAAUGAUGGGACUGUAUGCUCAAGGGGGAGGAAGGACAAGAACCGUCAGAGCUGUCUGCAAGCAGUUAAGGAGAUGAAACACCAGUAGAUGGCACUCAAGUCUUCAUUAUAACGCCAGCCUUCGCAGGGUCCCUGAAACCUGUGCACUGAAAGCAGCCGUCUGCGAGCUGAGGGCACAAAUCCCAGCAGGCAGACAGAAGAUUUGGGGAAUUGGAAGGUUUAACGGUGUCUGAGAUGCUAUACCACGGGACGCAAAACAGCCGGGUUGCGGAAGACCAAGAGAGCCGCAGGUGGCAUCCAGAGCAGGCUGCAGAGAGGGGACGAUGUCCGGAGGUGAUCUGCUCACUGGCACACAACAAAGGUAGAUGCGUUUUCCUUUGCAGCUCAGACAUCCUUCACGCUGUCUGCUUUCCAUCUCACCCCAUAACCAGCCUCAGAACUGUAUCAUGUGUGUGUGUGUGCACUCUUCCAUGCAAGAAGCUGUUCUGCAGGCACAAAUCACUCUGUGUGAGUACUAUUCAUCUUUGCCUAAAAACUUUUUUCUUCCCUACUGCCUGUACAGUUCACAGAAUAUCUUCAGAAACACGAGGAAACAGACCAUCAAAACCAAGUUGCUUAGUGCCUUCUAGAACAUGCAUGCUGUUUCUGGAAGUAAGCAUCAAAAACAUAACUAAUCCAUUAAUCCUUAAUAAAAUUUCUUAAAAGAAAAAAAAAAGCCAUCUCUCUUCCCUGGCAGGGAAUAUUACAGCUGCUCACAGCUACCAGGACUGAGCCUUUCCUUUUCCAGUGCAGAUGCUCUUGGCACUUCUGGGCUGAACCCAGAACUUCUUUACAGCUAGAUCAACAAGAACCACAAAUAUUCAGGCACUAAGGAAUUUGGAAAGAUACAAAAGAAGUGGCAGUAGCCAGCUUCUGAGACUAAGACUUCUUCAGGCUUUUGUGCUGAAAACACUACUCUCCAGAUUGUUUUGUGCUCUAGCAUGAGCACAUUAGAGACUGAAACAAAACAACAACAACAAAAUACUGCUCUGUUGAUAAAAAAAAAACACCACAUUUUAGAUUUUCUCCUGUUUCUGUGGCCAGCUCCAAUGAUGCUCCUUAUAACAUUGCACAGGAUAUCAUUCAGCAUCUGCUGCUCAAUCCAUCCCUUUGGGUUAAAACUCGCUUUCACUUUGUUCUCUUUGUUCUUCCCCUCCUCGCGAGUAGUAAUGUAUGGAGACAGGUAACGUAUGGAGACAAAGCCAACCAGGGUUACUCUCGGAAGGACUCUGGUCAUGGACAGCACUAGUUCUUGCUGUCACAGCUCCAAGCAGAGCUGGAGAGCAGGCACAGCAGCUGCAGCUCCGGGGACUGGUGUGGGAGGGAAGCUGAAGAGGAGGGGCAUGAGGAAGCCAGGCUGCAGCUUCUUUGCCUCUGCUUCAUCCUCAGCCCUUCUGGCACAGACUUUUCCUGUACCACAAGAGCUCCUCCAACAGCAGCUACCAAACCCCUUGGAUGAGAGCAAUUUCCGAGACCUCUUUUUGCCAGUUCCUGGAAGAGACAGACAAGACUUGGAAGAAUCAUCCGAAGAAAAUUGCUCCCCAAAGCAAAGGCACAGAGCAUUGGAAAACCCAAGCAUCCAGCUUCUGGCCACCAUUAACAAACACAGGGCAGCUGCCCCACAGCAGUCAGGCCUGCAGUGACUGCUCCCUGGUUUCCAACCAGCCUGGAUCCAUGGAGGAGCAGGAAGACAACCUUGUGCUUUCCUUUGGAGCCAACACCAGCAAGUGCAGCCUUGAGACUAACCAGACAGGGGCCACACCAUGCUGGUCAGGAGCAACCAGAGGUGGCCCUGAGGUGGUGAUCGUACCAGUGCUUUUUGGCUUGAUUUUUCUCCUGGGAAUGGUGGGGAACACCCUGGUGCUGGUUGUUCUGGGACGUCUCCGUCCUGGGGGACGCCCAUCGCGCAGUGCCACCAACAUCUUCAUCCUGAACUUGAGCAUCGCAGACUUCUCCUUCUUGCUUUUCUGUGUCCCCUUCCAGGCCACCAUCUACUCCCUGCCAGAGUGGAUCUUCGGUGCCUUCUUUUGCAAGUGGGUUCACUACUUGGCCAUGGCGACAAUGCUGGUCAGCAUCUUUACCCUGGUGGCCAUGUCUGUGGACAGGUACAUCGCCGUGGUCCAUGCCAAGCGUUCAUCCGGCAUCCGCAGCAAACGCAACGCUGCCCUCGGCGUGGGUAUAAUUUGGCUGCUGUCUCUACUCAUUGCCAUCCCCGUGGCCCAGCACCAGGCUCUUGUGAGUGGUCACCAGCAAGCACCCAACAGCUCCUUCUGCUGGGAGAACUGGGCGGAUGGAUCAACAGCCAAGCAGACGUACAAGGUUACCAUCCUGCUGGUGGGUUACCUCCUGCCCCUGGUGCUCAUCACCUGCUGCUAUGCCAAGGUUUUAUAUCACCUCCAUACGAAAGUAAAGAAUAUUUCUAAGAAGUCAGAAAGAUCUAAGAAGAAGACAGCGCAGACAGUGCUUCUCGUGGUCGCUGUGUUCCUGCUGUCCUGGCUGCCGCACCACAUCAUCACAAUGUGGGCAGAGUUUGGGCACUUUCCCUUGAACAACAUCUCCUUCACCUUCCGUAUCAUCUCCCAUUGCUUGGCCUAUGGGAACUCCUGCAUCAACCCCAUCAUUUACGCUUUCCUCUCGGAAAACUUUCGCAAGGCCUGUCGACAGGCCUUCAACUGCAAGUUCUUCCUGAGGCCAGUCCCUCCUGAGAAGCUGGUCAGAAUACGCAUGGAGAACUUCUCCACCACGCACUCGACCACUAAUGUGUAAACGUGGCUCAUAAAUAUGUUUCAGGAAGGAGGGGAAAGGUGGUGUCUGGGGAGACCAGUUAUACAGAGGCAUUUUACGUACCUUGCUACUAGGCACUGGGCUACGUACAUCAGAAGUGUCUGGAUGUCCUUGCAGUACCUCUAAGGUAAAACUCAUACGCUGUUGUUGUUAUGCCCAUAAAGGCUAAUAUGUGAGUUUACACAGAAGGUGGAAUUAGGAUAGACAUAAAAAGAGCAAAUAAACAAUUGUGUGUGUAGACUGUCAUUAGGAUGUGAACAGUGAGUGAUGUGACAUUUAGAGACAGCGCUAAGAAGCGGUUUGGUUAAAGUCUAGCUAAAACGACAUCAAAUAUGUCUCUGUUUCUUAAAAGAGUUUUAUCAUAUGUGAGCUACAUACAUUUUUAGCUCACUAGCUAUGAUGGGGUCUCUAAAUCUCUCUGAAGGCUUCGCUAUAGUAUGUACUUACUCUGUAGUAAAACAGGACAUCUCACCGAUGCGGAUGUCUACAUUUGGUGGCUCUGUAUCAGUUUGCAUAUAGCAGGAUUUGAAUGUUUGUGUAUUCCUGAAUGUAAUUGCUGCUGCUAAUGACUGGCUGUAAUAACCAUCUCUCUGUGAACAACAGUAGGAAAGUGAGAUUUCUCAAUAUAUGCUUAAAAGAACUGCAAUUUUGUUUGAAAGUAAUGUUUACAAAAGGCUUUAUUGGUAAAUGUUGUGUUCUCUUAGCAUAUCUACCCAAAGCUUUUUAUUGGCCACUUUAGUAUACAAAUGUCAAAAUGUCUUUUUUUUUUUGAUAAACUGUUUUGAUCAACAGUGCCCUAGCAACAAUCAGUUCACAGCAUUUGCACUGAGUUUAAAGUUACUACUUGUAAAUAUAUAAAGUGCAUGUUACUUCAAAUUUAAGAAGCAUAUGGCUGAAAGACCUUUAUAAUUUCACUGUUAUUUAAUUUGAUUUUCUACUGUGUGCUUCAAUCCAGACUGACCAGGCAUGGGACUCACUGUAAUAUUAUUCCAGAUUCACAGACUGUUGCAGAGUUUUUAAAAGUGAGUUAUAGAAGUUACCCUAAAAUUAUACAUCUAAAAACUGUAACAAGAAUAUGUAACAAAUGUAACCUUGUAGAACAUCUUCAAUGUCUUUUGUUAUGGCCAUCAGAGGAUAUAUAAUUCAUUUUUUGUAACAUAUACAUAAUACACCAAUAAUUCAUUUUUUAACACGUAUAUAUAAUACCUCGGUGUCAAGUAAGCCUGCCAUUAGCUUUUAUAAGCUAAUUUUAUGGUGAAUUGAUCAGAAAUCAACCUUCCUCCCAUCUUCCUUUCCUGCAUUUUAACUCAGGAAAAAAACAUACUCUCUUAUCACCAGUGCCACUUAGUUACCAAUAAAAAAUAAGUGGAUGCAUUAAUUAUGAAUGAGCAUUGCCAGAUAGUUUUGACUGUGGAUCCUGAGUCAGAGGUAAUGUUUAUAUGACAUCAUUUAACUUCUUUGGAACUGUUUUCCUGCAGGAACCAAACAUAAACUCCAAAAAGGCUGCGUGAUUUAAAAUCAGUCACACUAUUUGCUCUGCUACUAACAGUUUCCAGCUAAAGAAUUAGAGCACAUAUCUACAAUAGUUACGAAAGUUUAGCCCUAAUUGUUUGAUUUAGCCUUAUAUAUUUAUGAGAAGAUGGAUCCAGGGAGUCUGACACCCAAACUCCUAAGCAAAAAACUUAACUCCAGCUUAAAAGGGCAACUCCGUAUAUUGAACAGAGAAACACAGUCAGCAUCACCAGCUGCCUGAUAAGAAGUCGCUUAAUGGAACACAUAGUAACUCAGUAUUUAUGCUAAAACGGUGAAGUACUAUGGAUUUGAAAACUGCCUUGUCUUACAUCAGAUUCAAAUUAUAUGACACUUGAAAUGGAGUCAGCCUGAAAGCAGACAAGCAAAUAUUACUCUUUUUUUUCUUCGAGUUUAAUACAGUUUACUUCAUUUAAGAUAACUGGUGUAUCCACAGUUGAAGGAAGCUAUUGCUCAGCAGUUCAGAAAAUCUCAUAAAGCAUAAGAUGCAUCAAAUGGAAAUAGGAUUUUCUGUAAAUUGUACUACAGAGUACCCCCAAAUUUCUGCUUAAGUAUUUACCUUACUGCUCAUACUAAGUAUACUCCUGCUUGUGGAUGCAUGAAAUGCAUAAUUUGCAAUUGAAUGAACUUCAGAUAUUAGGUAAGUAGUCUAUGCAAUGAAUGGGUCAAAAAUAUGAAUGUUUUUACACCUAAUUUAGAAAGUUGAAAGCUUUCCACCGAAUAAAGUAACUUUACUAC